AUGACUUCCUACGCCGUUACAGGAGCAUCGCGAGGGAUUGGCCUCGAGCUCGUCACACAACUGCUGAAAGACAGAUCAGUCGGCAAGAUAUUUGCUCUAAGCAGAGGCGAGCCGCCAUCAGCACUUCAAAGCUUGGUUUCAAGCCACAGCCAACAGCUCUACCACGUCAAAGCGUCAGUGGACGAUACAGAAAGUGUUCAGCAAGCAGCCAGAGAAGUCGAAGGCAAGCUCAAUGGACAAGGUCUAGAUGUCCUGGUGAACAAUGCAGGUAUCCAGACAGCAAAUCCUGGUGGCACUAAGACCGUAUCACCAGAGGAUAUGCUGAACGUCCUGAAUGUUAAUGUGGUGGGUGUGCAACGAGUGAUAGCUGCAUUUCUGCCUCUGAUUGAGAAGGGUAAGGAGAAGAAAGUGAUUAAUGUCUCAUCUACCUUGGGAUCCAUCGCCUGGGUGGAUAAAUUCGCCAGGGGCCCAGUGCAAGCAUACAAGAUUUCGAAAGCCGCGUUGAAUAUGCUGAACGCUCAGUACGCUCUCGAUCAUGCGGACACGGGGUUUACCUUCCUUGCCGUAUCUCCAGGCUGGUUGAAGACGGAUCUUGGCGGGCAGUAUGCGGACUUAGAUCCUCAUGUCGGUGUUGCAGAGCUGAAGCGGAUAAUUCUCGAGGCAAGUCCAGCUCAGAAUGGCAAGUUUGUAAAUAUUCACGUUCCUGGUAUGGAGGAUGCUCAUGGACAUUAUGAUGGUGGGGAGGUGCCGUGGUAG